AUGUCAAAACAAGCUGGGCCAUUAAAUCCCAAGACUACAAGCUAUGAGUUCAGUGGAAUUCCCGGAGUUCUAGCAAUCACUUUUGGGCUGCCAUUGGUGUGCGUUGUGCUCAACCAAAUGGUCCGUGUUGAUUACCACGUUACGGGCCUUUUUUCCAACUUCGACAUAGCAGAGCUGUGGAACCACAUUAAGCCAUUGAAGUGGUAUCUCACCAACCGUGAACUGUGGACCUACUACCUGACGUGGUUUGGUGGACUGGCAUUGUUCGACGUAACUCUGCCGGGCCGCAACGUGGAUGGCGUCGAGCUAAGAGAUGGCACUAAAUUGCGUUACAAAAUCAACGGAAUAGCUCUAACCACCACCCUAAUUGCGAUUUUGGGGAUCAGAUGGCAAUUGACCAAGGGCGCAAUGCCAGAAUUACAGUACUUGUACGACAACCAGACUGAUUUAUGCAUCAUUACAAUCAUCUUCUCGUUUUUAAUGUCGUUCUUUCUGUACGCUCUCAGCUUUGUUCCACUGAUGAAAAAAAAUGGAAAGGGCACCAAGGAGCGCGUUCUGUCCGUCAGCGGCAACUCGGGAAACAUCAUUUACGACUGGUUCAUCGGGCGCGAGUUGAACCCACGGUUAGGCCCUCUGGAUCUCAAGCUGUUCUGCGAGCUACGUCCAGGUUUGCUGCUAUGGUUUUUGAUCAAUGUGGCCUGUCUCCACCACCAUUACGUGCAGACGGGCGAAUUGAACAAUGCGAUUCUUUUCGUUACUUUGGCGCAGGGCUUUUAUGUCUUUGACGGUGUUUUGAACGAGGAAGGGUGUCUGACAAUGAUGGACAUCACCACUGAUGGCUUUGGCUACAUGUUGGCGUUUGGAGACUUGGCUUUGGUGCCAUUCACUUACACUUUACAGGCACGCUACUUGAGUGUCUCGCCCAUCACCUUUUCACGUCCAUAUUUGGCUUUCUUAAUUUCCAUUAUGGCCUUGGGCUACUACAUUUUCCAUUCUUCCAACAAGCAAAAGUCUGACUUCCGUCAGGGCAAGCUCACUCACCUCAAGAGUAUCGACACCAAGCGUGGCACCAAGCUCCUAUGUGACGGUUGGUGGGGGAUGUCCCAGCAUAUGAACUAUUUUGGUGACUGGCUGAUCUCGCUCAGCUGGUGUCUGGCCACCGGUUUCCAGACGCCCUUGACAUACUACUAUUCGUUGUAUUUUGCCACACUUCUGAUCCACCGCCAGCAGAGAGAUGAGCAUUUGUGCAAGAUAAAAUAUGGAGAUGACUGGAAGAAGUACGAGUCUGCAGUCCCUUACAAGAUUGUGCCGUACGUUUACUAG